AUGGAGUGGCGAGUUGACGAUGGCGAGUCAAACGGUGAUCACCAUACUUGUCGCUUUGGAGGAUUCUUAAAUGUCAUCAUCGCCGCCUUCGAUGCUGGCUACAGCGACGUGCUGGAGAAUUGGGCGCUGCACGCGCAGGCAGUGGGUCCGGGUGGCCUUGACCUUCGCCGCGAGCAAGUAGCCGAGCAGGUGCGUCCUGCGGAGAGUGAUGCAUGGCUGGGUGCAACACGGUUGGGUGCUGCACGGUUGGGUGCUGCACGGUUGCAGAAUGAGGGGGGGAGAGGAGGGAUGGGAGGAGAGGAAAGGUGGGGGGUGUGGUUGGGGGAAGGGGAUGGGGGAGGGGACGAGAGGAGAGGGACGAGAGGGAUUAGGGCGGUUGGAUGGAGACGGAUAGGAAUGGAGGGGGGCGAGGAGAGGUGGAGUGGGAAGUAG